AUGGACCCUAGAAAGCAAGGUGCUCUUAAUAGGAUCGAGAAUUCUGUCUAUAGAACAGCCUUCAAAUUACGAUCCAUGCAAACUCUUUGCCAAUUGGACUUGAUGGACAGCUCUUUGAUUCAGCAAGUUCUAUCAUGUGGACAGUUUGGGGAGAGCAUGGAGACCUCUCUUUCUGUGCAGCAGCUUUUUGGGGAGCUCCGGGAGCUGUUUCAGAUAACCGGGGUGAGCAAACCAGCACAAGUGCAUCCACGAGCUCCCGAACUCACUCUGAGUCUUCUCAUGGCCAUGUAUGACAGCACGGGAUCAGGUAGUCUCAGAAUUCAGCCUGUGACUGCGGCGCUGGUUGCCCUCUCGGGGGACAGUCCUCUUACAAAGUACAGAGCGUUUUUUCAGCUCUACGCAGAAAACAACAGGAGAGGUGGUGACUCCCGAGCCCGCAUGACUCGGAGGGCUUUGAGAGCCUUCCUAACAGAUCUACAGCAGAUUCCUGCUGUUGUGGGAGAGAGCUGCACUUUGUGCCCUGUGGAGCGUGCUGUCCACAGCUGCUUCCGAGGGGUGUUGAGCUCUGGAAUCAAGGAGGAGAAAUUCUUGUCUUGGCUACAGUCAGAGCCUCUUAUACUUCUGUGGCUCCCAACCUGCUACCGACUGUCAGCCUCAGAAAUGCUCACUCACCCCGUGCGGUGCAGCACAUGCAAAACCUUCCCAAUCAUAGGACUGAGAUACCGCUGUCUGAAGUGUCUCAACUUUGACAUCUGCCAGCUGUGUUUCUUAUCUGGUCUCCACAACCAACCCCAUCAGAAGUCCCACACUGUGAUAGAGGAGUGUGUCCAGAUGUCAACAAAGGAGAGAACAAAGCUCCUCCUCAAGAGCCUCAGAAACAACCUGCCCCAGAGACCCGACAGGACAAGAGCCUUGGGAAGACAGUGGCUGCUGGACCAGCUGUCUCCACGGGAUAACCCACAUCAUCAGCAGGGCAGGCUCCUCAGAAAACAGUUAAAUAGAUACAAACUCAAAUUGCAAGGCGCAUGCACCUUACAAAAAGAACAGAAUGGAAGAUUUGAAACUAAGAUUCGGGAGCUCGCGACCAACCAGGAUAACCUGUGGACCAAACUACAGCAGAUAAGACAAGACCUACAGGCUAUGUUGCGACCACUCCGUCCUUCAUCUUCAUCUCAAAACACAGUAUUAGAGAUGGAUCAUUCUUUACCCACGGAUGGGCUAUGGAGAGGAGAAGACUAUUCCCACAUCGAGAGUGUCACUGGGUGUAGUCUGGAACAGGAACUUCUCCCUAAUUCUGCCAAGGCUGAUAGAAACCGCAAAUGUCAAGCAAGUUCAAGGAGAGCUUUGCCAGACACUGAAUCCCCAGAGAUCAUUUUGCAGAGCACCAGAACACAAGGCUUCCCACAAAGGAUGCUAAGGGAAGUCCAUAACGCCCCCUCUGAUUGCCAAGAGGGACUGCAGGACAAUCCCCAGAUUCCUCCCUCUGAAGUGAGCAGUCCUGCUCUGGAACCUUCAGAAGGGAAAGAGACAGACCACACCAGUGAAAGAAGGAAUGACCAGGAAGAAGAGGAACUACAAACACUGUUGCCCAGACUUCUGGAUGCCUUUGACCUAGACACGCCACCAGGUCUGCAUCCUGCAUUGGACAUGGAUCUGUAUGGCAGAGCUGAGCAGGUGUGCAGAGCGUUCUCUGCCCUUGUGGAUCAAAUCACCUUACCCAGCUUGGAGUGA